AUGCUCCUGGAGCAGAGCCAUGUGGUCUGGACCUUAUCCCUUGCCGCAGAUGAGUCCGUGGAACAAUCCAUUCAAAAUGGCUUUGACACCGGGGUUCUGCUGGUCAUCAUCUUCAGCGCACUUGUCUUUGCCUCUGCGGUGGGCCUCCUGGCUUGGCGCAUUGCGUACGCUCGUGGCAAGGACGCCUAUACACGCUUUCAUCCAAGGACGCCAGAAGCCUCGCCGGCCGGCACCGAAAGAGUCAUUGGCAACGUCGGCACCGACACGGUCAUUGGGAACAUCGUGCCAGAAACAGAGCCGCCAGCGGACGCUGUUGAAGCUAGCACGAUCAAGAUCUGA